AUGGAUUUGACCAUCGUUCUCCUACCGAUGCCAAUGGUUUGGGGGCUACAGAUGACCACACGGAGAAAGAUUGAACUCACAAUCACAUUCGCUCUUGGCUUCCUCGUAUGUAUUGUUACCAUUGUCCGUCUCAUCCUAUCUAUUCACAUGAACCUCGACGAUUUCACCUAUGGUAUUACAAAGAUUGCCAUUGUGACGAUUUUGGAACCUCUGCUGGGUAUCAUCAUUGCUUGCUUGCCACUUUUUCCGCCCACCGUCAAAAGGAUUACUGGCUAUAGUAAGGAGACUAACUCGGAAACACGCAAUGUCCUUUCGAGCAGCAUGGCCCGGCUGCGCUUGAAGAGAUCGAGAAACCCAGCUUUUCAAAGGUUUAACGACUCCUCCCUGCUCUCGGACCUUGAGCACAACAAGACUCAGAUUGAUGCAAGUGAUGCAAUCAGCAAGCCGGACUCUUUGGUCGAUGGUCGCAGUCCAUUUGCUGCGGUUGAAGUUCCGCCGCCACAUUCUUCGAUCCACAUGAAACAGGAAUGGGAGGUUCGAUCAGAUGAGGCGAGAAAUCUCGAUGGAAAGCUGCGCACCUCAACUUAA